AUGUAUCCUGAUGAAGAACAAUUGAUACUGUAUAUAGUAUAUGCCUAUAGACUAUCCUUUUUCAUUGGUAUUUGUUCCCUUUUCAUAGCCAAAGUUUGUCUACCAGAAUUUUUGCAAUAUGGUAAAACUUACCAGCCCAAGAGUACUUCAAAGUGCUURAGUAUACUAGACAAGAUAAAAAAGUUUACAGUUCCAAAGGCGUACUUUGCCCACUUCUAUUAUCUGGCCUCUUUCCUGUCGUCAAUCACCCUAUACUUCUACCCCAAGUACCCUAUUGUUUGGAUCAUUUUCGGCCACUCAUUGCGCCGGCUCUACGAAACCCUUCAUGUAUUGCGUUAUACGAGCAAUUCCAGGAUGAAUUGGUCCCAUUAUCUAGUCGGGAUAUGGUUCUAUUCUGUACUCUUGCUGAUUUUAAAUAUAUCAUUAUACAAGAAUACCGUUCCGAGUAAGCUAAACACCAAGGCUUUCAUCAUAUUCUGCAUAGCAUCUUGGGACCAAUAUAGAAACCAUUGUGUCUUGGCGCAACUGGUCAAAUACUCACUGCCCAGCGGGGGGAUGUUCGGCCUUGUAUGUUGCCCCCAUUAUCUAGACGAAAUUAUUAUUUAUUCCACUCUGUUGCCCUACGAACAAGAAUUCUAUUUAACACUAAUUUGGGUCAUCGCAAGCUUAAGUAUAUCGGCAUUGGAAACACGGAACUAUUACAGACACAAAUUCAAAGACGAUCACGUAACCCGCUACGCCAUCAUACCUUACGUACUUUAA